AUGGAGGAGGACUACUACUACGAUGACGGGGGCUACGGCGAUUACUACGACAACGGUACCGAUGAGGUUGCCGACGUGAACCCAUUGGAGCUCAAGUACGUGGAUGGUAAGAACUUCAUGCAGAGCAACGUGGAGGAGAGUCUGCGGUGCUUGCAGGAGGUCGUGACUGAGGACAGCGAGCACGGCAGGUGGACUUUCAAGGCACUGAAGAUGCUCGCGCGCGCCUGUCGUAUCGCGAAGCUGUAUGACGCUAUGGCGGACUACUAUACGCAGGUCGUGCAUUUUACUCACCCUGACAUUGGCGCUGCUGCGGUUGCAAAGGCGAUGCUCAAGUUCACCGAGGAAAGCCAGCGAGUGCCGGCGGAGUGGCGAAGGCGCAUCCUGGACGUUACUCUGAGGGUGGCCACCGCGCAACCAGAGUCCUAUCGGGACGUCAUUGUGCCCACCCUCCUGCGCCGUGCCACUCUCUUUCUUGAAGAGGCCAAGUAUGAGGAGGCUCUCGUAGACUUGCAGGCGGCACUGCAGCAGUGCGAUGAAUCUAUCACCACCAUGGCCCAGAUCAACGCCAACUCUGUGUACCACAUUCGCACCCUUCAACUCACUGCGUAUCGCAAGCUCAACCGCUACGCAGAGCUGCGACGUGCCUACUACGAAUUAGGCAGGGUGCAUGCGGCGUUGCCGUCGCUACGCAUGAUUGGCAGCGCCAUGGAGUCGGCUGGGCACUUGUUCCUGCACGACGCGGACUGGGCCGCAGCUCACCGUGCAUUCUCUUCGGCUCUGCGUUGCCACACAGAGAGCGGUGAUGCGCAGCAGUACAACGUGGUUAAGUACGUCGUGCUCGCCACUAUUAUGACUGGGCUGCCGGUGGACGUAUUUGCGCAGGAGACUCUGGCAAAUCACCCGUCUGUUCGCCCAGUACGUGCCCUCUGGGAAGCCUUUGUCGCAUUGGACGUAUCGACUUUUCUGCAGGUGUUGCACGCUCCCGAUAGCGCGGCGUGCUUCGCGAAGGACGCGGAGUUUGCAUCGUACGUGGAGCCGAUGGUGUUCCAGGUGCGUACCAACUACCUCAUCUCUUACUCCAAGAGCUUUGGCACGCUGUCACUUGUGGAGCUCGGUGCUCGGCUGCAGCUGCAGGAGCAACCGUGCAAGGAGCUGUGCACGAGUGCCAUUCUCCUGGGUCUCAUCAACGCUCACGUGGACGAUGCGCGGAAGCUGCUUCUGUUUCAGCGUGCAUCGCGCGCCGUGCCUAGCAGCGUGGCUGUGUUGCGUGAUCUGUCCGACUUGACGAGCGAACUCUGCUGUAAGUAG